CUUGUUCAAUCUGUGGUAAAGGUUUUACACAAAGGCGAUCUUUGAAAAUGCACAUGAGAAUACACACUGGUGAAAAACCCUUUUCCUGUUCAACCUGUGGUAAAGGUUUUACACAAAGUCAACAUUUGAAAGGACACAUGAGAACACACACUAGUGAAAAACCCUUUUCCUGUUCAACUUGUGGUAAAGGUUUUACACAAAGUCAAUAUUUGAAAGUACACAUGAGAAUACACACUGGUGAAAAACCUUUUUCCUGUUCAACUUGUGGUAAAGGUUUUACACAAAGUCACAGUGUGAAAAGACACAAGAGAACACACACUGGUGAAAAACCUUGUAUCUGUUCAAUCUGUAGUAAAGGUUUUACACAAAGUCAAUAUUUGAAAGUACACAUGAGAACACACACUGGUGAAAAACCUUCUUCCUGUUCAAUCUGUGGUAAAUGUUUUACACAAAGACAUUUGAAAAGACACAUGAGAGGACACACUGGUGAAAAAACAUUUUCCUGUUCAACCUGUGGUAAAGGUUUUACAAAAAGUCAGUAUUUGAAAGUACACAUGAGAAUACACACUGGAGAAAAACCCUUUUCCUGUUCAACCUGUGGUAAAGGUUUUACACAAAGUCAACAUUUGAAAAAACACAUGAGAACACACCCAGGAGAGAAAGUGUUGAGUUGCAGUGUGUGUGGUGAAAGAUUGUCUUCUAAUUACCAGUGUAAGAAACACAAGUGUGCUGGUGAGAAAAGCAGCAGCAAAUGAAGAUGCAGGAUUUGAAAUAAACUGUCAAGACUUUAAUGUUGACUUUCUAACAACAUCAGCACAUAUAACAUGUGUGACAUUGUUGUUUGUGUAACUAUCUUGUUAAUAUUCUCCUACAUUUUUUAUUAACGUUGAUGUUCCAGGUAAUCUUAUUUUCAGUGAAGGUUUAGGAUAGCCAAAUAUAAGCUUUGGCUUCAGCCUAUUCUUUUUUCGGUCAUGCUUUUUCUUUUCUUUUCUUUUCCUUUUGUGUGUAAAUGUGUAUGAUUUUUAUAAAUGUAUAGUCUGUACUCUUAAACUGGUCACACACAA